AUUUGAUUUGACACUUUGACAUGACAGUAAUCUGUGGCCGGCAACCUAAAAUCUAAAAUAUGAUGUCUUCCUGUAGGAUUUAUAGUAUUAUUUGUAAUUAUUUUGUAAGAUAUCUUUGUGCACUUCUUAUUUUAAGCAUUAAAACUGUUUCGCCUGGGGUUAAUGAUUUGCACUUCAACGAUGGUUCAUCAACAGCUGAUAUUAUAGCUGGAGACGUGUUUUUUGAAAUAAUAGACCCUCCGGAGUUGAGAUACUCGUAUCGAAUAAGGCCAGCUAAGGAUUUUGGAGCAUCUUUUAAUGGAAGCAUUAAUUUUCAAAAUGCCCGCUUGGUUCCAACAAUACCUUUUCAUAGCUGUACAGAUAUUGAGAACCAUGAUGAAAUUAUUGGCAAUAUAGCUUUAUCAGAAAGAGGAGAAUGUACUUUUGUUCAUAAGACAAUGAAGGCCCAAUUGGCUGGGGCGCUGGCUGUUAUUAUAACAGAGACUAUAGACAACUCUGAUGAUGCAUUAGAUAGUUUAAUAGAAAUGGUGGAUGAUAAAAUGGAAAUAGAUAUCAACAUACCAGCAGCAUUUCUUCUGGGUCGAAGUGGAUCAACCAUACUCAGGACUUUAAAGAGAUUACAUAAGACAUAUGCAGUUAUUAAUUUACCAAUUAAUAUGACACAUGUGCCUAUAGGGAAGAUGAACCAACCUCCAUGGAUAUCGUGGUAACAUAUAUAGUGUAAGAGAUGGCUGUAAAUUUUUGUUGUUUUGCAAGCAAGUUAUUGUAGAAAGGGGUUUGAAGAUUAGUGGCAUACGACUGGUCGACUAAAAUUUUACGAAAAUGAUUUUUUAGUCUUUAUUCUUUUUAUAUUGAUAGAGUCCACUUCAAACAAAUACAAUAGAUCACUAGGUCUCAGAUAAUAAAAUACAAUUGAUUUUAAUCAUACCUUGAUAAUCUUGGUAGUCAUUUUACAUUCAGUUUAAUAGUUAAAAAUCCAUGUAUACUAAUGUAAUGUAGUAAUAGGUAAUUUCUGGAUCUACGGCACCAAUUUUGAAAAAUCUUUUUCUUCUAAAAAGCCACAUUAUUUGUGAGUCUCUUAGGCUAUAUUAUGUCCUGACAAUCGCACGAGAAUUGGAACUACGUGGGUGAAAUCGCAGGGCGUCGGCUAGUUAUGUAUAAACAAGAACAAAUGAAAAAGAAACCAUAAACUUAUGAUUGAUGUAUUUUUCAUUAUUAUGAAAAGUACUUAUUUGGUCAAUACACAGUUAUGAAUGUUAAUAAAAAAGUCAUUUUGUGUUUUUGUCAUAUUUAUAUGACAAAAAGUAACUAUGACUUGUAAUGAUUUUUUUAUAUGUGCUUUUUGUAUUUCAUAAGAAUGCUUCAAUAUAAGUAUAUAAACAUUUUUUUAAUGGUAGAUUUGUGAUACCAAAUAUCAGAUCUUUAAACCUGGGUUUUGAAAUUAAACAAAGAUUAACGGCAUUAGGUAAAUGCGGCAACUGUUUCGAGAUAAAAAAGUAAAAAGGCCAUAAAAAAGGCUAUAACAUAGCCCCAUACAAAAUCUCCGAACCCCUUUGUAUAAUAUUAGAUGGCGUCAUAAACUGUUGACGGUGAUGGUUAUAUGUACUCGUAGCAUAAAAAAAACAAAAUCAGUCCGUCCAAUCUCUUUACUCUAUAAUUUAUAAUUUUACUUUAUAAUUUUUAUUUUUAUUUUAUAUAUAUGAUAUUUCUUUAAUAUUUGGCAGCUCUUGCGGAACACUACAGCAACUAUAAGCAUAACUAUGAAGUAAUUUUAAGUAUAUUAAGGAUUAUAAUCUAUAUUAUUAAUACUUGAAAAACCCAAGUGUAUCAUCAUAAUAGUGUUGAGUAGGACAUACAAGAGGCAGGACAUUUGUCCCGUACAUGACGUCACAAUGUAAGAGCGGCUCAACAUUUAAAAAUGUACUACUUCACAUUUUCUGUCGCGGUAGUUGCUUUACUCGUACGCGAGAGAAAGCGAGACACUAGUACAAAAGUCGAAUGGGACGUCAUUCUGUGGUCCUGUCAUAUAAUUUUGUACUAUAUUCCUUAACGCGACGGAAAUAGUAUACGAUGCGUUUAGAAAUAUUAUUUUUUGAAUUUGGAUUUAUUCAAUUGACAUUUUAUAAAAAUAAAAAUUAUUUAAUAAUUUAAAAACUGAAAUAUAAUAACCAAGGUGAAUCGAUCUAUUUUAUAGGUUAAAAAUAGGUUUGGCAUUUAAUAUCAGUAUGUAAGACAAACUAUUACUAAGCUAUAUAAUUGUACUAGUACAAACAUGACAUUUGUACACGUUGCUUCAAACAAAGUUCAAAUAUGACAUUUGUAUUCGUUACUUCAAAAUUCAAAUGUAGUGCCAAGCUUCAGUACGCCUCGCCUCAUUUGAAGUGGGACAUUGUACUGCCUCGGUACAAAAAAGAGGCAACACUUACAAACUCUUUUUCAAGUCAUGUCCUACCCAACACUACAUCAUAAUCCUUUAUAACCUUAAACUUCAUUAUUAAUUUUCUACGAGAAUCGAGGUUAUCACGAUUCACGAUAUUGAAGCAAAGCAAAGAAAAGACAAAGGACAAAGAGGAGGCGUGAAUAGUGAUCAAUGAAUCAAAAUUCAAAUCAAUAACUUUUAUGAACUGUUUCAUGCGUUUACACGCUGAAACAGCUAUCAAAAAUACUCAAAAUCUACUGAACCGAUUUGGUUGAUUCAAUAUUGGUUUCCGUUUUACGUUUUGUAUAGCGACAAACGAUAGCGCGGUUUAGUAACGUGCAGCGCCAUCUAGUAAGUCAUCGGAAAGAAUAUUUUAAGUUUUCGUCAGAAUUAAAUAAUAUUUUAACCCAAACAGUUGAUAAUCAGUAGAGUCCGACCGUAACUGGUUUUCUGGCUGAAACCGAAAGUCACGUGUUUAAGUAUAACAUUCCUUAAAAUACUGAAGUUUGGUGCAUUAUUCUGCAUUUAAUUACUCCUAGAACAUGGAAUGGAAACACAGUAUGUUAUGUUUUUCAUAAUCAUUUGUUUAACAUAAUAUAAAAAAUAUCAAUAUUAUUUAUAUUAUUUUUUUUGAAAUGAAGUUCUCAAAAUGUUUAUCAGUUAUCAUUAAUUAAUACUAAUUGUUACUGUUUCGUUAAUACUAAGUGUUGGUAUUUUGAAAUCUUAUUAAUUAAUACUAUGUUCGUAUUUGUACUUAAAAGAAUCACCAAUCUCUUUUAGGUACCUCAUAAAUACAAAUAAUUAUUACUAAAAUACCUGUUAUAGUCUUAAUUCCAGUCUCAAGAAAGAUAAUCAAAUCACAAAUUUAGAAUUAACAAAGAUACCUAGAUCACAAUUAGUAGGACAGUCAUACUUACAUUUAUAAUUAAGUAACUAACUACUAAACUACAGUAAACAUUUAAAUUGAAAACAGUUAUUUAUAUCAGUUUCGGUUUCGGCAAAAGUUUCGGCCUAUUUUGAACAAAACCGAAUCAGCCGCCGAAACGGUAAACCAAACCGACCUGGUGUCCGACCAAACUUUCGGUCGGACACCAGUUGCGUUGCGUAUUAUUAUAUUGUAUCUGCAGUCCACAGACUCGAUGUUCACUGUCAAUCGCUUAUAGUUGCUCUUCACAUAGUAUCCAAAAAAUAUUUUGUGCGCAGUUUUUAUGACACAUGUAAUUUUGCAGCCAUCUCUUAUACUAGUUACAUAUAUGAUUUAUGUAGUUAUAUUUUUAUUACAUUGUUAUGUUCCUUGUUAUGUGUUUAUAUUCAUUUACUAAAUAAACGACUAUAUAUAUUAUAUGUAUGUCGUAGAAUGUGUUGCUCAAGUGGUUUAAUGGAAACUACUAAGGUUAGAGGGUCUAGAUCUAGACAAUAUCUGAUUACUUUCAUUGCCAUUCAAUAGUAAGGAUUUGGGAUCCAUCAGAUCCCAACUACGGGUUUUAAGAAUUAUUGCCUUUGAAUUUAUAUCACAACUAAACAGGAAGAUAUAUAUUUGAAGGUUUUCAAUUAUUAUAUAUUCUGCCAUGCUAUUUACAAACUUUAUAUUUUAUAAUUUAUAUAAAUAAUAUAAAAUAUAAACUUUAUAAAUAGCACGGAAGAAUAUAUAAUAAUUGUAAUUGUAUAUAGUUUUCUGUUUAGUCUCUGAAAGUAAGUAAUAAAUAUAGAAAAUAUGUACUAUGCAUAUUAAAUUCCAAUUAUUCUUAAUAAUGAAGGAUAGUGUAGUCACCAAUUUAGUCGUCUCUAACACGAUUCGCAUGGCGCAGUGUACAAAAACACACGUGGCAUGGUGCAGUGUACAAAAACACAUGUCGCAUGGUGCAGUGUACAAAAACACAUGUCGUAUGGUGCAGUGUACAAAAACACAUAUUACGAGUAUACCGGCGCAAAUCAGCGUGUUACUACUUCUGAGACGGCUAUUUGUUUGGAGAGACUUACAUUAUUCGUAUAUACGUGAGGCCUAUCGUAUAUACCCUCGUAUAUACUAGAAGUGUAGGCCGUAGGGUUUGCAUAUAUAAAAGACAAAGACAUGUAAAAAUGCGUCAAACUUCUAGUCCGUUUUGAAGUUGCACCACAAACUGUGCAGGUGUAAUAACUCCACUGGAAUAUGUUUUUGUAUACUUCAAAACGGGCUAUAAGUUAGGCGCUAAGUUUAUUGUGUGUAUUUAAUAGCAAUAAUUAUUGUGUAUUAGCUUACGUUAAGUGGACCAAUAUGUGUGCAUUUAUUGAAUUAUAAUACCAUUUGUAUAUAGAGUUAAUGUGUGAGGCCUCAGUGCCUAGAAUUAUUGUUUUUUUUUUUAUCAAACUAUUUGGGUAUUAACUAUUUGAUUAAAUUACAAUGCUUAGCAGUUUCAUAUCAAUUGUUCCAAACAAUUCAAGAAUUUAUGCAGGAAUUUAGUAAUAUGUACAAUGGAAUUACUUUGUUGGUACAGUGGGUAGCAUGUGACUUCGCAAGGUCCUUGGUUCGAUUCCUGGGUCAGGCAAAGAAGAUCGUUUCUUUCUACUAAGAAAUUUUUAUUAGCAGCCUGCCAAUCCGGAUUGAGCUAGCGUGGUGGACUAAAUGGCCUAAUCCCUCUCAUUCUGACAGGAGACUCGUGUUCAACAGUGAGCCGAAUAUGAGUUGUUAAUGAUGAUGAUGAGUUAUCGUUACACAGUAAGAGCCAUCAUUGGAACAGCAUGGUGGUUCCAAGCUGUAAAUAAGCUCUCCUAUCAGGAAGGAAGCCUGGGCCUUUUGUAGGCCAUUCAAUUAUGUUGAUGUACUCAGUGGCCAAAAUUGUCGCAUUUUUUUUUAAAUAAAAAAUUAUGUUAAGCCAUGAGUAUAACAGAGAUUAUUAAUUUAAUUGUUUCCAUGUAAAGGACAUGUCCCAAAAUGGGCCUUUAUUAUUUAUAAGCAGGUUUUUUUUUUUUUUCGGGGGGGAAAUCUCACAAAGAGUUUUCACCCCCGCACCCCUUCGCUCCCUUGUCUACAAAUUAAACAUAGACAAUACAGUAAAAGCUGAAAAAGAGCUGCCAAUGUCAUGUAAUAUUGUCAAAUGUCAAUAAGACAAGUUAAAAAGAAACAAAUCGUAGACAGAGAAGCAUUAAACAAAAAAAUAUUUAAAUUGCUUUAAAAACGCCUUAAACGAACGCUACUACGCGAAGAUCACUGACAAACUGUCAGGGUGUGAGUUACAAGCAUGUUGCCAUGCAAAAAAAUCUUAAUUAUUGUUGUCAGUUAAUGAAAAAAAAAACAUUUUAUGUAAUUAAUUAAAAAAUAAUGCGGGUUCCAAUUUUGGGUUUUAAGCCCCUAUAUUUUGUGUUUUUUUAAGAUAAAAUAAUUUGUUUUGCUUAGUUGAAACUCCGAAGAAAGGCCCAGCCUCCAUACAAAAUUGGGACAUGUCCUUUGAUAAAAGUAUUUAAAAAAGAUAUAUUAAGUUAAACAUUGUAGAGUAACAGUGUAAAUGUCUGCCAAUACUAUUAAAUAAUUUAGGUUUAUUCCCCUUGGUCCCUGCGAGACAUAAUACUGCCGAAUUAAAAACAUAUUGUGAUCAAAGUUAUAAUCGAUAUUUAAUCACAUAACAUGUAGAUUAUUAUUUAUAUAGUCUAGUCAAAUAGGUACCAAACACAUAGAGUAAAAAUAGUGUUGGAAAUUAUUUUGUAAUUUUCAAAAAUAAGGUAAAAAUGGUAAUUUAGUAUAUCACUUUCCAUAUUGAGGAGGAUGAAAAAAAAUGACUUGGAGAAAUGUCAAGUGCCUUUGAUUUUUCUUUUUGAAAGUUCGUGGAAAAAACCAAUAGUUGAAAUUGAAAAGCAAUAACCGUUGAAAUAAUCAGUGUGUGGUGAAAAUCGAUUUUACUAUAUUAUAAUUAUACAAUGAAUAGGUAAUAUUUAAAAUGUAGACCCAUUAUUUCAAGUAUUGUUGUUUAUGACAUAGGCCAUAUUAUAGCUGCGUUUCAGUGUGUCUUAUGUUAUAGUAUAUUAUAAGUGCGGUAAAUUGAAAACUACAGCCGAGGCGAUAUUGCAGCUCGAGCCUUCGCGAGAGCUGUAGUAAGGAAGCAGAGGCUGUAAUUAUCAAAGUACUGGCUAUAAAGUAAACGCACGUAUGUCAUAGGACGUUUUAUAACACAUUUGCGAGGAAACACACUUUCUGAAAAUUAAUUUGCAUCUUUGUUUAAUGUUUUAAUUUAUAAUUGUAUUUUUGUGUGCAAUAAAGUAUUUCUUCUUCUUUGCCUGUUUUCCAUAAGAUUACAUUUUGGUACGCUUGUCAUUUUUGCACAGAUUUUUUUGUUGACAUUUGCACCAAAAACAGCCAGUAUUACUAAUAAAGUAAAUUAAUAUUUGUGUGUUUCUGAUCCAGAUAAAUGGUUGAUAUUUGUUGUCAAAAUUAUUAAAAUUAAAGAAUUAAAUGUUUUUAUUAUAUUUUAUCUCACUAAGUUAAUUUUAUUCAUAAAAUGCUGAGCACUUUUCUGAAAUAAUAACUCUUUGCCAAGAUUUAAAAAAGUACCGUUCGUUUUUCGGUUCGGUUUUAUAUUACAUUACGGCACAUGUGCAUUUUACUUUACAUUACGGCACAUGUGCGUAAUGAGAUACAUUACGAUAUUGAAACUGGUGAAAUAAGCGAUACUUUACGAGCAAAUGUGUUAUAAAGAAUUUUAUGUAAUUAAAGCAAAUAGUUGAUCUCAAUGUGAAUACCAUACAUUAUAGAAUAUGAUUGUUGAUUUUGUUAACUAAAAAUGAUUUUAUACUUGGA